AUGAAGCCUACUUCUUUUGCCGGUGUGGCUUUAUUUGCUUCUGGCGCUUUCGGCCAGUACUUCCAGCGUCUCGGAGGCUGCCCUUCCCUGGGUUGUGUCUUCCCUCCUGACCAGGCCGAUUUCCUCCCGGGGCAACACUUCGAUAUUCGUUUGGAGGUUCACUCUCCUGUCAACGGAUCUGAGGCACGCGAUGGUGUUCCCGACACCAACUUCAAGUUCACCGUUGGGAAGAAGGGUCAAGAAGGUGUCCCGGUAACCGAGUUCUUUGACAUCGAGGAUGCUGAGCUUGAGAACUGGCAGUUCAGCUGGUACGAAGAUCUGUUUGCUCAGGAUGCUGAGACACCCUCUGUUGUCAACGUCACCUCGAAGGCCUACAGAAACCUCGCCUUAUACGAACCGGGCGAGUAUGAGGCUAUCCUGACUUACUAUGGCAAGGAACAGACCGUUGCGAAUUGGCUCGUUCGUGAUAUCCCGAAGAAGCGCCGCGCUAAGAACGUUGUCCUCUUUGUUGGCGAUGGGAUGACCACCAACAUGAUUACUGCUGCUCGCCUGAUUGCACACAAGAGCAUUAACGGCAAAUACCAGACCAAGCUGCAAUUAGACAAGUUCCCUGUCCUCGGUCACCAGAUGACCCAUUCCAUGGACUCCUUCAUCACCGACUCUGCAAACUCCGCCGCUGCUUUGUACGGCGGCCACAAGACCACCGUCAAUUGUCUCGGCGUCUAUGCGGACUCGUCCGAGGACCCCUUCGAUGAUCCCAAGUUCGAGCUUCUUCCUGAGAUCUUCCGUCGCCAGCAUAACGGUGGUAUUGGCAUUGUCUCUACUGCUUUCCUUGCUGAUGCCACCCCUGGUGCUAUGACGUCCCACACCCGUCUCCGUAGUGAAUACGACCACGUUAUCAGCACCUUCCUCGAGGGUAUUACCAACCACACUUGGACUGAGUUCGAUGGCCCCGACGUUCUCUUCGGUGCUGGUGCUGAGAACUUCCUCACAAGUGAGGAUGCCCCUCGUGACUACUACAAGUUAUUCACCGAAAAGGGUUACAGCCUGAGCCUGAACAAGACUUCGCUCGAAUCUGUGUCCAACGAGGACAGGGCCCUUGGAGUUUUCUCUCUCUCUAACUUGCCCACUUGGCUUGACCGCAAUGUGUACCAGGACAAUCUCAAGGAGCUGGCCAAUCAUCCCGAUGGCUCGGGACGUGAUGCCGAGGAUCUUCCUGGACUCAAGGAUAUGACCGUCAAGGCCAUCGACAUUCUGGACACCCGUCACAGCAAAGAGGGCUGGUUCUUGAUGGCUGAAGCCGCCAGCAUUGACAAGCAGAUGCACAGUCUCGAUUACGACCGCUCACUUGGUGAGCUCCUUGAGCUUGACGACACAGUCCGCGCUACCAUCGAAAGGCUGGACAAGCUCGGUAUUCUUGAAGACACCCUCGUCCUUGUCACUGCUGACCACGGCCAUGGAUUUGAUGUCACUGGCUCCGUCGACACCGUCUACCUUGAGCAACAGGAGGAUGACCGUGAUAAGCGCCGGGCCGUCGGUGUCUACCAGAAUUCCGGCCUUUCGCAGUACACUAUUGGUGGUUCUAAUGCUCUUCGAUACUCAGAAGGCGUUCACUUCCCCGCCCGCUGGGAUCCCCGCUACGCUAUCCACGCAGGCACCGUCGCUUUCCCCGACCACCGCGAGAACUACAAGGUGCACAAGGACGGCCCUCGCACUCCCGCGGAGGAGGGCGGUGACGGCACUGUUUACGCCAGCUACAAGGACGCCGUCAGCGGCUUCCUGAUUAACGGAACGCUUGCUCUCGAUGCCGACCAGGGCGUUCACUCCUUGACCGACGUCCCCGUUUAUGCUCGUGGCCCUUGCCAGGAGCUCUUCGGCGGUACCAUCAACUCUAUCGACAUCUUCUUCAACAUCGCCGAAUGCCUGGGCCUGGCUGAGACCAAGCGUGGAAAGAGCAACGGCGGCGGGGGUCACCGCAAUUCCAAGCAAUAG